UUGACGGUUGUGUUCGUGCGGUGUCUUGCAGUCGCGUAAAUUAUGUAAUGUGCGCUGUGUUUUAUGAAGUAAAUGUGAGAGUUACGUGAAAUAUAUCUACUUUACGAUCUGAAAGUGUUUUAAUUUGUGUGAAAGUUUAUCUGUGUUUUGCAAAGUUAUGUUUCUUCAACCUAACAUAUGAUUAAAGAAAUAAACACGUUCUAUUUCUCUUUAUAAUAAGAUAUGUUCAUAUCAGUUACAUGUGCAAUAUUUUGAACUUAUUUCUUAACUGUUAAUUUAUCCGGUUUAUUAUCUGUAUUAAACAUAUAUCUUGCAUUAUUUCAAAUGCCAGUGACCAUGUUCUAUAGUCCGAAAUAGUAUAAAUGAGUUCUGAGGAGAUCAUCAGUAAUUCUACGAAUAAAUCUGCACUUUCAGGGGAAGUUAGGAAAAAUGGUAAUUGUGCGAAUGUUUGUGAAGGCACUUCUCCUAUAUCAGUUUCAAAUGAUAAAAAGGAGAGUGCGAGUGAUUGUGAUCGAAAAUAUUCCAGUUCUGCUCCCGUAGGAAUAAAACCUGUGCGAAAGGAUUUGCCAAAUCUCCCACCAAUUUCUCACCAAUUAACAAAGAGCUUAAAUGUGAAAGAUGACAAAAAUAGUUUAUCAGAAGAGGACAGCAGUGAAAAUUUAGAAAGUUUGGACUGGUCCUGUUCUGGAAGUAGAGAUGAUGGAAUGCUGCAAAACCAAUCCCAACGACCGAAAUCAGUAUCAUUUCAUACUGGCUCUAGUCUUCCGGUCGAGAGAAAGAUAUCUAACGCUCUGGAUUGUCUGAGGUACAUGAUAAAUGGGAGCAGUUUGAUUAAAGUGAGGCCAAGUGCUCGUCAGUAUCGGCGUUUUUUCUCUCUUGAAGAAGAUCUUUCUGCUCUUCGAUGGAUACCAUCAUCUAAAAAGUCUUCAAAAGCCAAAAUAUUAAUUAGGUGCAUGAAAGAAGUCAGAAUGGGGCGAACGACAGAUGUACUUAGGAGCAAAGAAAUUGCUUGGACCUACUCUGAAGACUGUGCUUUCUCUAUUAUAUAUAAUGAUAACUUUGAAUCUCUAGAUCUGAUUGCUUCCUCACCUGAUGAAGCCAAUAUUUGGGUCACUGGACUGAAUGUUCUUAUUGGAGCAUCCAAAUCAGCUCCUGAUACUUUUGACGAGAGACAGAAAAUGCGAGAAAAAUGGUUAAAAGAAGUUUUUGAACAAGCUGAUACAAGUCAGAGAGGGCUUUUAAGUGAAGGUGAGACUAUAUCAUUGAUGAAGAAGCUGAACAAUCAAUUGAGCACUGUUCGCCUGCGACAAAAAAUUAUGGAAUUUGAGCAUGGCAAACAGGGAGAGGAAAGAGGCAGGAUAGACAGUAGUGAUUUUGUUAGCAUAUUUAAAGAAACAUCUACAAGACCAGAAAUUUAUUUUCUGUUAGUAAGGUUCUCUGGCAAAGAUUACAUGACAUUAGAAGACCUACAUUUAUUUCUUGAAGGAGAACAAGGGAUGGUGAACGUUACAACUGAGGAAUGUUUGAAGAUUAUUGAACAGUAUGAACCAUCAGAAGAAGCAAAACAAAAUAAGCAAAUACUAAUAGAUGGUUUCACUUUGUUCCUCUUGUCUGAUAGCUGUGAUAUUUUUGAUCCCUUCCACAAGACAGUAUGUCAAGAAAUGAAUCAUCCCUUUCCUCAUUAUUUUAUUGCCACAUCACACAAUACGUACCUUUUGGAAGAUCAAUUGAAAGGUCCUUCAAGUAUUGAAGGUUACAGUACUGCUCUUAAAAUGGGAUGUCGUUGUGUGAAAGUUGAUUGUUGGGACAGUAUAGAUGGACCAGUUGUGUAUCAUGGAAAUACGCUCACAUCAAAAAUUCCAUUACAUGAUGUUUUUGAAACAAUUCAAGAAUUUGCAUUUGUUACUUCACCAUAUCCUCUUAUAAUACACUUAGAAAAUCAUUGCAGUCUUGAAAACCAAAAACAGGUUUCAAUUUUGACAGAAAAAGUAUUUGGAGACCAUCUGUAUGUACCUGGUAGAGAUGGUCAUUUGAAAGUCUCUCAAAUGACUCCUGAGCAUCUCAAAGGAAAAAUCAUUAUUAAAGGUAAAAAAUUGCCUCCACAGUGUACAGAAGAAUUUGGUGAUGUGUCUGAUGAGGAUGAAGAUCAAGACUGUAGUAAUAGUAAGAAUGUUUUAAGGAAAAUUAAACUUUCUCGUUCAUUAUCAGAUCUUGUUACUUUGACAAGGAUAAGAUUUUGGGAUAUUGAAUUAACUGAGGAAAUUCAAAGGCUGUCAGAUGUUUCCUCUUUCUCUGAAGUGAUGGCUUCUAAAUUAUCUCAGUUUUCAGCUGAAGAUAUGGUUAACCAUAACAAAUGCUUUUUAACUCAUGUUUUUCCGAAUAGUAGCCGCAUUGAUAGCAGUAAUUAUAAUCCUCUAGAAUACUGGAGCUGUGGAUGCCAAUUAGUUGCUAUGAAUUACCAGACUGCAGGUCAUAUGAUGGAUCUUUACCAAGGUUGGUUUCAGCAAAAUGGUAACUGUGGUUAUACUCUCAAACCCUCCUUUCUACGAGAUCAGCUUUGCCUUUAUUCUGGUGGUUGUGCAAAAGAUCCUCUUCCUGGUGUGGAGCCCACAAUCCUAUAUCUUAAGAUUAUCAGUGCUCAACAAUUGCCUCAGCCAAAAGGUGCAUCUGCUAAGGCAAGCUCUAUUGAUCCUUAUGUUGUUGUACAAGUUUAUGGGAUGGCCAUCGAUUGUGCAGAAGCUCGUACAAGGACAGUGUCAAAUGAAGGUCAUUCCCCCAUAUUUGAUGAAAGCUUUGAAUUUACUGUAACAGUUCCUGAAUUGGCCUUGUUAAGAAUAGCAGUUCUAGAUGAUGAAUUCAUUGGGGAUGAUUUUAUAGGACAAUAUACUGUUCCUCUUACGUGCUUACGAACAGGUUAUCGGCACUUGAGACUUUUAUCAAAUAAUGGAGAUCCUCUGUAUAAUACCACUCUAUUUAUAUACAUCACCAUGACCACAAGAUCUGAAAAACAGAGAUCUAAAAGGAGGAAAGCUUGGUUGAAUAUGAAAUGUGUGGGUAUAAAACAAGCAGAUGACGUAUUUAAGAAUGCAGAAAGUCACUUAGCUGAAGCAUAUAAAAUGCGAGUAGAUGAAGAACAAGCAAUGCUUGAUUUGUGUAAAGAGUGUGGUGUACCUGAUAGUGCGAACAUUGUUCAAUGUUUGCGUGUUCUUUCACUAAGAAUGGCUAGUUGUCCUGCAGUUACAAGUUGGGAAAUAACAAGUAUUAAUAAUCAACCAUCUGUAAAGGUUUGUGGUGAACUUACACCAUGCCUGUGUAAAGCAGUUUCAUUAUUAGAAAAGGUAUUGAUUGAAUAUUGUUAUAUUAAAAAAACUGCUCAUGAAACACUUAAAGUCCUGUCAGGUCUGUAUAAAACUGGUGAAGCAGCUUGGUGUGAAAUGAUGCAAAAUACAUCUAAUCUUGGAUCAAAAGGAAGAAAAGUAGAAAAGGUUGUUGAGAAUUUUCUGUGGAAUAUGACUAUGCUUGCUACUCAGACUGACUUGCUGAAAGUUGUUUAUGAACAGAGUUGUAUAGCUCUAGAUCAGUUGAAUAACUUAAUGGGAGUAUUCAGCAAGUUAUUUCAAAAAGAACGUGAAAGUGUAAUAGCUGCAAAUGAGUCUAAUCCUGCUGUAACACCAGUGCUUACAAAUCAGAUCAACUUGAUGCCUUUCUCUGAACAACUUCCCCUUACACCAACUUCUCCUGGUGAUGGCAGGCUGCGAGGCAUCUUGAAAAAAUCCACUGCGUCUGCUGUACCACCACCCUCUGCAACUCAGCCAGAGUGCAACAGUGGGUCUUCUGUGUUCUUCCCAGGUCAUUCUAAUGAAAACAGUAAUAGGUAGCAUACAAUGUAAUUAGUUACAACCUUUAUUGUUCUCUUCCUUUGCAUUAAAGUAAUGACAGUUGCACAAUGGAAGGUAACUUUUGUAUUGUUUGUAUAAUGGAACUGAAAAAUAAGAAUGUUUGUUAUGCAAAGUAA